UUCCCAGACAUGCCAGCACUGCGCUACAAAGAGGCGUAUGAACCUGCCAUCAUGUACCAGCACCUGUCUUUAUGGGAUGCUUUACCCUUCACUGAGGAACCUUUUAGGUCCUCAAAGCCAAAAAACAUGGAGAAUCUACCUUCAAACAAUGGGAACGGCCAGUCUUAUGGCUACACUUUGUAUGAGACAACCAUAAGGAGAGGUGGAAAACUGAAGUCAGGUGACCAUGUUCGAGACCGUGCCCUGGUUUUUAUAGAUAGAAACUAUAUUGGCCUUUUCAAGCAUCAGAAUGUGGAGCUGGCUGUUCCUGAUGGUAAGGGUCCACGUACCUUGAGUUUACUGGUGGAAAACUGUGGACGUGUUCACCGUGGAAAGCACCUUGACAACCAACAUAAAGGUCUGGUGGGGGAUAUUUUAUUAAACAAUAUUCCCCUGCGUGAGUUUACAAUAUACAGCCUGGAYAUGAAACCCAGCUUUAUUGACAGCCUUUAUCAGGCACCUUGGAAAAGUCUCCCUGAAAACCCGAGUUUUCCUGGAUUUUUCAUGGGGAGGCUGUUUGCAUAUGGGUAUCCCAGUGACACAUUUGUGAAGAUGCCAGGCUGGGCGAAGGGCAUUGUGUUUAUUAAUGGGCUGAAUCUCGGCCGCUACUGGUCUAUUGGCCCACAGCAGGCUCUCUACCUGCCUGGACCUUUCCUCAACAGUGGAAUCAACCAGGUCAUUGUAUUUGAGGAGCAAGAAGGAGACUACAAGGUCCACUUUGAGGAUACACCUGAUCUGGGCAUGGCAGCAGAAAUCCAGUGACCAUCAUCAUAUCUUCCUUGCAUAACAUUAUUUUUACUCACAAAGUGCUCAUCAGGUUAUAGUUAAAUACAGGGAUGUCAAUGUUGUUAAUAGGAUAGUUUGGAUUUUUUGAAAUGGGGAUCUGCUGAGGAUAACAUGGCAGAAYGGUGGUUCAAUCUGUCAUCUCACUGUGAGAAUGCCACAGGUCUGUCUUCCAACCUUUCUGUGUGGAGUUUGCAUGUUCUCCUCAUGCAUGUGUGCGUGUUUCUCCAGGUUCUUUCCACAAAGCAAAACUAUGAAUGUUAGAUUACUUGGUAACUCUAAGUUGUCCCUAAAUGUGGGUAAGAAUAUGAAUGUUUUUCUCGUUUGUCUCUGUGUUCCCAUUGCAGUGACUGCUGGAUAUAAGCACCAGUUCUCUUUUGACCCGUAAAGGAACAAUGGGUAAAGUAAAUGGAUGGAAAAUUGGGUUAUGCUAAGUUGUUAAUUAAUAUUAGUGUCUUACUUGCAUUAGACUGUUGAAAAUGAUUGAUCAGUUUGCAAUACUGGGCAGAGGUUUUUUUUCAGGCGAGUUGAGUCAACAACCAAAUCUGAACAAAACCAUAUAACUAAAGUAGGUUUUUGUUCUUAAAGCAACUCAGUCAAAAAGAUUUUAGAGGUUUUAUCAACAGGAUUCUCUACAUUUUACAUCUCUUUUCCUUUCAUUUGACUAUUAUUUAUAUGAGGUGAUGUCCAUGUUUUUUUACAUAGAAGACUGAGUCAGCUGUGUACUGCAUUAUUAGUAUGACUGAGCAAAAAAAUAAAUAAAAAAAACAUCUGAUCGAAAAGUAAUGCAACAUAAGAAAACGAAUAUUUUACAUGAGAUUGAGUAAAUAUUGUACACCUUUCUAAUGUGGUAGUAGUAAUAGUUUAUUCAUUGUUUAAAAAAAACAUAAAUUCUGUAUACAAUAAAAAAUACAAAUCAUAAAAUAAAUGAAAC